AUGCCGGCACGACAAGCGUUAGGCAAGCGGAAGGAACCGCAGGCGGAAGCCCCUGUGCCCGUCGACGACGAAUUUGGCAAUGCAGCCUUGGAGGGCGUCUUUUCUCAGAGUGAGGAUGAUUCCGACUACGAAGAGACCUCCGAGUCGGACGGCGACGACAAUGUCUUGAACGGCGAAUUGUCAGAGGAUGACGACGAGGACGAGGAGGAGGAUAUCCUGAGCGACGAUAUCCCUUCUGACGUCGACGACGAAGAAAUCGCCUCGAAACUCAGGUCGACAAAUCUCGACAAGGACUCUGCCGCUGCUGCCAUUGGCGACGAGGACGACCAACCCAACUACAGAAUCGUCAAGGACGCCAAUGGUAACGAGCGCUACGAGUACGACGAGGUUGAUCCCAACUACGACUCCGACGACACCGAUGCUGCCGAGCCCGUCAACACCAUUGGCAACAUCCCUCUGUCCUUCUACGAUUCAUACCCGCAUAUCGGAUACGACAUCAAUGGCAAGAAGAUCAUGCGCCCUGCUGCUGGCGAGGCGCUGGAUGCCCUGCUAGAUUCCAUCGAGAUCCCCAAGGGCUGGACUGGGUUGACGGACCCCCAGACAGGCAAGCCUCUUAACCUGACCCAGGACGAGCUCGAGCUUUUGCGCCGCGUCCAGAUGAACGAGGUUCCGGAGGAAGGCUACGACCCCUACCCCGAAAUGGUUCACUGGUUCACCGCACACGAGGAGAAGAUGCCCCUGAGCGCUGCGCCCGAGCCGAAACGCCGCUUCGUCCCCUCCAAGCACGAGGCCAAGAGGAUCGCCAAGCUCGUCAAGGCCAUCAAGGAGGGACGCAUCCUGCCCUACAAGCCGCCCGAAGAGAGGGAGAAGGAGGAGGCCGAGAAGGAAGAGAACUAUUACGACAUCUGGGCCAACGAGGAAGAGCGCCCGCCGCACGUCAUGAACAUCCCGGCGCCCAAGCUCCCGCCCCCUGGCUACGACCUCAGUUACAACCCUCCCCCAGAGUACCUCCCGACAGAAGCCGAGAAGGAAGAGUGGGAGAAGGCCGACCCCGAGGACAGAGAGAAGGAGUACCUCCCAGCCCAGUUUGAUUCGCUACGCAAGGUUCCCGCCUAUGGCGAGUUCGUCAAGGAGCGCUUCGAGCGUUGCCUUGACCUCUACCUCGCCCCUCGCGUGCGCAAGAACAGGCUCAACAUCGACCCCGCGUCGCUUCUUCCCAAACUUCCCCGCCCCGAAGAGCUCAGGCCCUUCCCCACGGCCUGCCAGACUGUCUUCCGUGGUCACGAAGGUCGCGUGCGCUCUUCAGCCAUUAGCCCUGACGGCGAGUGGCUUGCAAGCGGUGGCGACGAUGGUACUGUGCGCCUGUGGCAUCUCCGUACCGGUCGCCAGGAGUGGAUGGCCAAGCUUAGCGUUGAUGAGGCUGUGAACGUCGUCCGCUGGCGCCCGAAUAAGGAGACUUUCAUCUUGGCGGCAGCCGCUGGCGAGGAUAUUUUCUUUGCGGUCCCCCCCCGCGGUGCCGACGGCAUCGACAAGGCCAGCCGUGACAUUCUGGACGCCGGCUUCGGUUACGCUGCGCAAAACCCUCAGCCGACGGCUCCCGUCACCAAGGAGCACCCCGGAAAGUGGGCAAGGCCUGGCUCCAAGCUCGAGUCUGCCGGCGUGCUGCUCAAGGCUACUGUUAGGUCUGUCAUCAAGGUCAUCAACUGGCAUAGACGCGGUGACUUCCUCAGCACCGUCUCUCCCAACGGUCAGCGUAGCGCUGUCGCCAUCCAUACACUCUCGAAGCAUCUGACACAGAUUCCCUUCCGCAAGCUGCCCGGCCUCGCCCAGUCGGCUCAGUUCCACCCUUCGCGACCCCUCUUCUUCGUCGCGACUCAGCGCAUGAUCCGCUGCUACGAUCUCCAGAGGCAGGAGCUCAUCAAGGUCAUCCAGCCAGGUGCCCGCUGGAUCUCGUCUUUUGAUAUCCACUCGGGUGGUGACAACAUUGUUGUCGGAUCCUACGACAGACGCCUGCUGUGGCACGACCUCGACCUUUCCAACCGCCCCUACAAGACGAUGCGCUUCCACUCGGAAGCUAUCCGCGCCGUCAAGUACCACCGCAGCUUCCCCUUGUUCGCAGAUGCCAGUGACGACGGCACGCUGCAGAUCUUCCACGGCAAGGUCGUCAGCGAUCUCAUGGAGAACCCGACUAUUGUGCCCGUUAAGAUGCUCAAGGGUCAUAAGAUUGUCAACAAGCUCGGUGUCCUCGACGUGGACUGGCAUCCUACGGAGCCCUGGUGCGUGAGCGCCGGCGCCGACGGCACCUGUAUCCUCUGGACCUAA